AUGCCUGCUUGGUGGGGAAGAAAAUCAAGCAAGAGCAAAGAAGAGCAAGAGAAGACACUUCAACACAAAAACCCAUACUCGAACCGCAACAACAACAAUUUCAUCAUCAAAUCUUCGAUCAAUAGCGAUAUUAAGAAGAAAGAGAAAGACGUUAGGCCUAAGAGCUUCGACGAACAAAUAACUCGUGGGUCACCGAGAGCGAGCAAGGAGCUUGUGGGUGCUGGUGUUUCUGCUUAUGGGUUUUCGGGUUUUGACUCCGAUGGAUGUGAGAGGAGGCAGGGGCAUCCCCUGCCUCGGCCGUCGGUGUCGUCGGCGCAGGGCUUGGGAAAUGAUCAGGUGCUUGGCUUGGGAUCUGGCUCCGCCUCAGUUUCAAGCGUCAGCUCCUCUGGGUCCUCCGACGACCAACCGAUUGCGCAUGACAGCCAUGCUCAAUUAGGUGCUUCCAGUUACAGAGCUAAUGGUGAUCCCAAGUACAACAUGAUGCCUAGAAGCCCCGGUCCUGGGUCUAGGGGCCCAACUAGCCCGACAUCUCCUCUUCACCCGCUGUUGUGUGCCAUAAGUUUGGAGUCUCCAGCGGGAAAGCAAGAAGACGGGAAGAGUGUUUGUCAUCCACUUCCUCUCCCUCCAGGUUCUCCAACUAGCCCUUCUGCCUUGCCCAACAGUAGAACUAAUGUCUCCAUUGAGAACACAACUUGUGCACUAUCAAAGUGGAAGAAGGGAAAGCUUCUAGGAAGGGGGACUUUUGGCCAUGUUUAUGUCGGAUUUAAUAGUGAAAGUGGGCAAAUGUGUGCAAUAAAAGAAGUUAGGCUUGUCUCUGAUGAUCGGACAUCAAAAGAAUGUCUUAAGCAACUGAACCAGGAGAUAAAUUUGCUUAGUCGGCUCUCACAUCCAAACAUUGUUCAAUAUCAUGGAAGUGAAUUGGGGGAAGACGCACUCUCUGUUUAUUUGGAAUAUGUGUCUGGUGGCUCAAUUCAUAAAUUACUUCAAGAAUAUGGUCCUUUUAAGGAACCUGUGAUUCAAAAUUAUACCAGACAGAUUAUCUCUGGGCUUGCCUACUUACAUGGAAGAAAUACGGUUCAUAGGGACAUUAAAGGGGCAAACAUAUUAGUGGGUCCUAAUGGUGAAAUCAAGUUGGCAGACUUUGGCAUGGCUAAACAUAUUACAAAUUGUGCUUCAAUGCUUUCAUUCAAGGGAAGUCCUUAUUGGAUGGCCCCUGAGGUUGUAAUGAAUAUAAACGGCUAUAGUCUUGCAGUGGAUAUAUGGAGCUUGGGAUGUACAAUUCUUGAAAUGGCAACUUCUAAACCUCCUUGGAGCCAGUAUGAAGGGGUGGCGGCAAUUUUUAAAAUUGGAAACAGCAAAGAUAUUCCAGAGAUUCCUGAUCAUCUUUCCAAAGAUGCAAAAAGUUUUGUGAGGCUAUGCUUGCAACGGAACCCAUCAGAGCGUCCCACAGCGUCUAAACUGCUAGACCACCCUUUCAUUAGAGAGCAAACAUCUACAAGAAUUUCUAACACCAAGUUAACCAAGGAUGCCUUCCCGUAUGCUUUUCAUGGAAGCAGGACACCGCCAAUAUUGGAGCUACAUUCCAACAGAACAAGCAUCACCUUGAGUGAUGCAGAUCACACAGCAAACCCCACAGCCGCGACUUCAAGAGCUGUGCGGAGCCCCAGAGAGAAUAUAAGGAUGAUUACAUCUUUGCCUGUAUCCCCUUGUUCAAGCCCCUUACGACAAUAUGGGCCGACACACAAGAACUAUUUUCUUUCUCCUCCUCACCCAACUUAUGCCAUGAUGGGACAGAGUAGUUACAAUUUGAGUGACUUGCCGUCGUAUAAUACACUAGGUCCAAAUACAUCGUACACUUUUGAUCCUUGGCAGGACACAAGCUUGCGAGAUGCGGCUAGGCUUGGAGCUCCUGAGUCUUGCAGAGUGCAGCCGGAGAUUGGGAGGGUUGCGGCUGGGUCUUUACAGCCGGUGCCCAAGAUUAUUGCGGUCGGGCUGCAUCAGUGCAGCUGGGCUUGCGAGACGCGGUUGGGAGCUGAAGUGUUGUGGCCUCACGAGGCUUUUUGGGAGCUCACUAGCUUUGGAGUCAUGGGAACUCCAAAGUUAAGCGAGAUGGGGCUAGAGCAAUCCCAGGAUGGACUUGGAGAACUUGGGGCAGUCUGGUGCUGUGGGGUUUAUGCGGCUGGAGCUUGGGCAUUUUUUAGGGUUUUGCAAGAAUGGGCUGGGCUAGAGUUUCUUUAA